AUGGGGAAUCCGGAAGGAAGUUACAAUGUCGGUAUCGUCGGAGCAGGAAUUGCUGGCUUAGCCGCCGCUAUUGCUUUGGGCCGGCUGGACUACAAGGUCACGGUAUACGAGAAGUCGAAAUUCAGCAAUGAAACCGGGGCCGCUAUACUCAUGGCGCCUCAAGCAAGCCGCAUACUGCGCGCCUGGGGAUUGAAACUGCCCGACGGGGCCGUCGGUCUAGGCAUGAGCGCAGACGCCGGAGGCACAUUGGUGGAAUGGUUGCGCGCAUGGAAUCCUCGCUCUGUCAACGGCGUUCCGUCAGCGAUGGACUCGUUCGCGGAUUCAGCAACGCGAUAUGGGGCUCCAUAUGUCUCAUACCAUCGAGCCGAUUUACAUGCAGAGCUUCGAAGGUUAGCUACGGCAGCUGGUGCCGAGAUCAUCUUGGGAGUGGAAGUGGUCGAUCUCGACUGCCAAGGUGGCCGCAUCACGAUCCACGCAACUGAGACCAGCCAAGUAGAGACUGUCGAAAAGGAUCUGAUCGUAGUGGCCAACGGUGUGAAAUCGGCAUUCGCUUCCAUCAUCGCUGGCCGACACCUGCCGCUGAUCGAAGGCUCGCACUGCAUGUAUCGCACGCUCAUCCCCAUUGAACGCAUUCGGAACGAUGGAGAUGCUUCGAAAUUGUUUCCCGACGGUCGAACUAAUGGACAGACUCUCGCGAUCGACAACAGAACAGCUGCUAUAGCUUACCCUUGUCGAAAUGGACAAAUAAUGAACGUUGCGGUCCAAGGCUCAAGAGCUGUUGAAGUAUUCGGAGAUGAUUGGCAAACUCCAGCAUCAAUCGACGAAGUCAUUGGCAUGUUAGAAGGCUUCGACGAGUCAUGGCUGGCCCUACUCCGAUUAUCGGAUGACAUCAAAAUCUACCGACAUGCCAUCCGGGAGCCUGUUACUUCUUAUGUGAACGGUAAAGCGCUCAUGAUCGGGGACGCUGCGCACCCAAUGACCCCUGGUGAGCUCGACCCAGUGUGCCUCUGUGUUUCUAACGUAGACGUUUACUCGGACGCAGCUCUUGCCGCCGGAGGCGCCACCUCGCUCGAAGACGCAGCUGCACUGGAAAUCCUUCUUGCUGGUAUUCCUGGGCAGCAGGGCGAUGAUUCUCUGGUCGAACGCAUGCGCCUCUGGGAACUCUUGCGCCUGCCUCGAGACAACACCAUCCAGAUCUUGAGCAACUCCCAGUUCACACCGAGACCGGCGAGUGCCCUUUCACCGGACAUCCGGCCCUUUCUCAAAACGCAAUUGCCUGAUCAGGUAUUACUCGGCCUAGUCCGGAAUACUCGUGAGUUCUUGAGUUACUACGACGUCUUCACUGCCGCAAAGCGCGCAUUACGGUGGUGGGAGGAGAAGCGAACAAUGGGCAGUAGCUUGAAGACAUUGCCGAUUUAUGCUCUAGAAGAAGAUAAGGUGGUAGUCCACUUUGGACCCUACUGA